AUGAAGGUUGAGGAAUUGAUUAUUGAUGGGUUUAAAUCAUAUGCGGCCCGUACCGUGAUUUCAGGAUGGGAUUCACAAUUUAAUGCCAUCACUGGGUUGAAUGGGUCGGGGAAAUCAAAUAUUCUUGACGCCAUUUGUUUUGUUUUGGGUAUUGCAUCAAUGUCAACUGUUAGAGCCUCUAAUUUACAAGAUUUAAUUUAUAAAAGAGGUCAAGCUGGUGUUACUAAAGCAAGUGUUACUAUUGUUUUCAAUAAUAGUGAAGUAUCUAAAUCUCCUAUUGGAUUUGAGAAUUGUCCAACUAUAAGUGUUACUAGACAAAUUAUUCUUGGAGGAACUUCUAAAUAUUUAAUUAAUGGUCAUAAAGCUCAACAACAAACAGUAUUGAAUUUAUUCCAAUCAGUCCAAUUAAAUAUCAAUAAUCCAAAUUUUCUUAUUAUGCAAGGGAAAAUCACCAAAGUUUUAAAUAUGAAACCUUCAGAAAUAUUAUCCUUAAUUGAAGAAGCAGCUGGUACUAGAACAUUUGAAGAGAGAAAAGAUAAAGCUCAAAAAACCAUGGCUAAAAAGGAAGCAAAAUUGACAGAGAUUAGGAAUUUAUUGAAAGAAGAAAUCGAACCAAAACUAGAGAAACUUAGGAAUGAAAAGAGAAAUUUCCUUGAAUAUCAACAAACUCAAAUCGAUUUGGAGAAAAUGUCCAGAAUAAUAGCUGCUUAUGAUUACACAUCUUUAUCCAAAUAUUUCACGGAUCAAUCAAAUUAUUUGAAUCAACAUGAAAAUAGAGUUAAUGCCUUGCAUUUGGAAAUUGAUAAAUUGAACCACGAGAUUCAAAAUUUGAAUGAGGAUUUAAACCAAGCAAAAGCUAAAAAGGAAGAAAAUUUGAAAACAGAUGGCAACUUGGCUGACUUAGAAAGUAAAGAAAAUCAAUUAUCAAACGAGUUGACAAGACUAAAUACUGCCAGGGAUAUAACCUUGGAAAAUUUGAAGGAUGAAAGGAAGAAACAUGAAAGAUUGCAAAAACAACUACAACAAUUAAAGGAUCAACUAAAACAGAAUGAAGAUAGUUUUAGCAAUCAUGAACAAGAGUAUAAAAAGCAUCAAGCUGAGUUAAAUAAAUUGAAAGAGGAAUUUUCGAAGAAACAAGAGUUGUUAUCCACUUUGUCUACUGGUAUAUCAUCAAAGGGUAAUACAGCUGGUGCCUAUACUGGUGAACUUAACGAAGCCAAGGAAAAUUUGAAUUCUUCUGAAAACUAUAUCAAAACUUCCAAAUUGAAAAUUGAGCAUCUCAAUCAACAGAUUAGCAGUGAUCAAGUGAAAUUGGUCAAAGCAAAAACAGAAAAUGAAUCCCUUUUGUCAUCCAUUGAAAAACACCGUGAAUUUAUUUUGGAUAAGCAAACGGAAAUAGAUUCGAAAUUAGGAUUUGAGCCAUCGAAAAUCCGUGAGCUUCGAGACGUGGAAUCAAAUUUGAUUACAAGACAUAAUAAGUUGAAUCUGGAUUUGAAUUAUAUGAAACGAGAUAUCAGUAAUUUGGAUUUCCAAUAUAGUCGACCAUCUGCUGAUUUUAAGGAUGAAUUAGUGAGAGGAGUUGUUGCUCAAUUGUUCAACUUACCUGAUAGUGCACAUAACAAAGCACUUGCGUUACAAGUAUGUGCUGGUGGCAGAUUAUAUAAUGUUGUUGUUGACAAUAGUGCUGUUGCUUCACAAUUAUUAGAAAAGGGUAGAUUAAGAAGACGAGUAACUAUUAUUCCUUUGGAUAAGAUUUCGUCGCGCACUAUUGAUCCAAAAGUCAUUGAUUAUGCUAAACAAGUAGCACCAAAUAAAGUGGAGCUUGCACUUAACUUGAUUGAAUUUGAAGAAGAGUUGUACAAAGCUAUGGCCUAUAUUUUUGGGUCAACUUUUAUUUGUGAUGAUCCUAAUUCGGCCAAAGCCGUCACAUUUGAUCCCAAGAUUAAAAAGAGAUCUAUUACUUUGGAAGGUGAUAUUUACGACCCAGAAGGGAAUCUUUCUGGUGGUUCUAGAAAAAAUAACUCGACAAUAUUGUUAAAAGUUCGUCAGUAUAAUAAAAUUGCUGGUGAAUUGAAACAAGUGGAGGCUGAGUUAGAUGAUGUAAGGCGAGAGUUGCAUCAUAUGGAUUCGUUGAUUAGUUCCACUACAACAAUACAAAAUGAAAUCAAUCUUAAAAAGCAUGAAUUGUCUUUAUUAGAGAAACGAUUAGAAAGUAAUCCAGCUUCUUUGAUUUUAAAACAAAACGAGUCCAACCAACAGGAGAUAAUCAAGUUGACAAAUGGUAUUGAGGAACAUGAACAAAAAUGUAAUGAGUUCAGACAAGAGAUUGCCCGAAUUGAAAAGGAUAUUUCUGAGUUCAAUAGUGACAAGGGUUCAAAAAUCAAUGAUUUAAAGAAACAAGUUGCACAAUUGAAACAACAGGUUGGUAAAAAGGAAAAAGAACUAGAUGGACAAACAGAUAGUUUCCAAGCAGCACAAGUUGAAAGUGAGCAACAGAAGGCUGAAAUCGUUAAUGUUCAAGAAUCAAUUAUCAAUAGUGAAAGACAAAUUGAGGAAUUAACCAACAAAUUGAAGAGUCAAGAACAGGAUCAUGAUAGAUUGCAAGAUGAAUUAUCCAAUGUUCGUGCCGAGUUGGAUGAUGCAAGAACCAAAUUGUUGGGAUUAGAUGAAGAAAUAAAUGAGCUAACAAACAUACUCAAACACAAAGCAGAGGUGGUAAAUUCAUCAAAAUUGGAGAUUCAGAAAAUUACUCAUGAGUUGGAAAAAUCUAAAGGGAUCACGAAGAAUUUGAAAGCAAGGUUAGAUGAAAUCAUUAGUGAACAUGAAUGGGUUAUUGAUGGUCUUAUUGUGGACAAUAUUAUCCAACAAUAUCCAAAUAUCAACAUUGAUGAAAGUAAAGAACAGUUGAGUGUAUUGCAAGAGAAAUUCCAAAGCAUGAGACGUAAAGUGAAUGUAAAUAUCAUGAGUAUGAUUGAUAAUGUGGAGAAAAAGGAGGCAUCAUUGAAAACUAUGGUUAAGACAAUUGAAAAGGAUAAAAGUAAGAUUGUUAAUACCAUCAAUAAAUUAAAUGGGUACAAGAGAGAUACUUUAAACACAACAUAUCAAAAGGUUUCAGUUGAUUUUGGUCAAAUAUUCUCUGACUUAUUACCAGGGUCAUUUGCCAAGUUGGUUCCGGUGAAUAUGAUGGAUGUUACUCAAGGUCUUGAAGUUAAAGUUAAAUUAGGAGAAGUUUGGAAAGAGAGUUUAGUCGAGUUGUCUGGUGGUCAACGUUCCUUAAUUGCAUUAUCUUUAAUCAUGGCAUUGUUGCAAUUUAAACCAGCUCCGAUGUAUAUUUUAGAUGAAGUUGAUGCAGCAUUGGAUCUUUCGCAUACCCAAAAUAUUGGACAUCUUAUCAAGACCAGAUUCAAAGGAUCACAAUUUAUCGUUGUUUCAUUGAAAGAAGGUAUGUUUACUAAUGCCAAUAGAGUAUUCCGAACAAGGUUCCAAGAUGGUACAUCUGUUGUAUCCGUCAUGUAA